AUGCAGCACACACUGACUGUACACCACUUGAGCUUGGCCCACGAGCCCACAAAGGCGGCUGCCACCACAGUCUCAGAGACUCUCAGGCAUGACUGGACGCAGUCAACACCAGCCCUGGCUUCGUCAGUGGCCACACUGCCGCCUGAGAGGACAACUCUGGUAUCUGUAUGCAUUAAACCCCACAUUCUGGUGCGUUCUGUUCUAUCUCUACAACUUGGGAUCUGACCUGGUGGUUGUGGCGCACAGAGCACUCACUCUCACCGCAUAACCAUCCUGCUCUCAGUCUCACACGCAAUAUACCCUCAAGUUGUGUGCUCCCGCCAUGUGAAGCUUACAAAAGACGACAAUGAGAGGGUCAGAGAGUCUUUAAAAAAAUCAAGCAAGGAAAGUAGUCAGGCGCAGCAAGGGGAGGGCCCAGGGUGUGCCCUCCAGGACCAGAUGUCAGCAAUAGUCCCCUACACGCGCGCACGCGCGCGAGAUCGUGUUUAAGUCACCACUGAUGUUGUGGCACUUUCAAGGUCACCGCCCCCUCUCAAGGCCACCGCGUUGGCAUGGUGACGCAGAUGUCGGUCCAGGUUGGUUCGCUGGGCAAAGGAGCGGGCACAGAAGGAACAGGUGAAGGGCUUUUCGAGGUGGUGGAUGUUGCGUACAUGGCGUUGCAUGUUUGAGGAGAUACUGAAGCGACGGUUGCACUGGCCACAGCAAUAUGGCUGCUCCCCCGUGUGCGUGCGCAUGUGCCGGUUGAGAUUGGCAGAACGGGGAAAGGCCUUGGUGCAAUGGGGGCACUGAUAGCGGGACUUGUUGGCUGCACUGCCAUCGAGAUCGCCAGUGCGGUGUCGCGUGCUACUGUCGUUGGUGUUGGUGUUGUCGUUGCUGCGAGGACGAAUGAGACAGGAUGUUGUCACAACAUUCUCAGCCUUGUCCACAGAAGCCUUUGAGAGCCGGGUUGCCAAGGCAUCUACCGUGGUAUAAGAGGCCGAGUUUAGGACAUUUGUGUGUGGGGCAAUAAACCGUUUGGCGUAGAACAUAUGCAAAAAAAAUGGUCGCAUUGGGAGCUGCACAAUAGUGUUUAGAACUCAGAAGAAGAGGAAGGAGAGGAGAGAGAGGAAGAAGAAGAAGAAGAAGAAGAAGAAGAAGAAGAAGAUGAUGAUGAUGAUGAUGAUGAUGAUGAUGAUGAUGAUGAUGAUGAUGAUGAUGAUGAUGAUGAUGAUGAUGAUGAUGAUGAUGAUGAUGAUGAUGAUGAUGAUGAUGAUGAUGAUGAUGAUGAUGAUGAUGAUGAUGAUGAUGAUGAUGCGAUCACUGGAAUAAGAAGUUGA